UAAAAAGGCCCUAUUUUCCUCUGCCACUCUCAAUCCUCGCAGAUUUUGUAUCCUGUGCGUGGGCUGGACUGGUAGGAAAUAUUGGGAAAUUUCCCUAAAAGUCAGUAAAAAUACCGAUAAAUAUCGAAAUAUCGGCGAUAAUUCUGAAAAUUACCGAAAUUUCCGUCGACCGAUAAUCGGUGACGAAUAUUGUGUGGGAGCCGGCGGAUAAGCGAAAUUUCGGAGAAAUAUCGCCGAAUUUUUUCGAUAUUUCAAACACUGGUUUCAAUCGAUUUUUCAUUAUAGAAAAAAUGGCGAACACUAUGGCCGAUUCACACAGUAACAGAGCAGCCGUUCAAGCCACGAACGACGACGCCUCGGCCAGUAAACUGUCCUGCAUCAGAAAGGGAUACAUGAAAGAUGAUUACAUCCAUUUGUUUGUAAGAAGACCUGUGAGGAGAUCUCCAAUAAUUAACCGUGGUUAUUUUGCUCGUUGGGCUGCUCUCCGGAAGAUUCUCUAUCAAUUUCUGAGUUGUGAAAGAGAUGCUAAAGAACAAGGUCAUGCAAAGAAGCAGAUAUUAUCACUUGGAGCUGGGUUUGAUACAACAUAUUUUCAGUUGCAGGAUGAAGGGAAAGCUCCAUACAUAUAUGUGGAACUCGAUUUUAAAGAGGUUACUAGUAAAAAGGCAGCUAUCAUUGAAACUUGCAGUCAAUUGAGGGACAAAGUUGGAGCAACAGCAUCAAUUUCACGAGAAAAAGGGGAGGUACUCAGUGAUCACUAUAAACUCCUCCCUGCUGAUUUGCGUGAUAUACAAAAAUUAGAUGAUGUCAUAGCAAUGGCUAACAUGGAUCCCAGUCUGCCAACAUUUAUAAUUGCAGAAUGCGUUUUAAUAUACUUGGAUCCAGAUUCAAGUCGUGGUAUUGUUGGUUGGGCUUCAAAAAAGUUUUCUACAGCAGUAUUUUUCUUAUAUGAGCAGAUCCAUCCAGAUGAUGCCUUUGGGCAGCAAAUGAUCAGAAAUUUGGAGAGUAGAGGUUGUGCGCUCUUGGGCAUUUAUGAGACACCAACUUUACUUGCAAAGGAAAAACUUUUUCUUGACCAGGGCUGGCAGCGUGCUGUUGCCUGGGACAUGCUUAGAAUUUAUAGUAAUUUUGUUGAUGCUCAAGAAAGGCGCAGGAUUGAACGGCUGGAAUUGUUUGAUGAGUUUGAAGAGUGGCACAUGAUGCAGGAGCAUUAUUGUGUGGCUUAUGCAAUCAACGAUGCCAUGGGCUUGUUGGGGGACUUUGGCUUCCCUAAGGACGACCACGUGCCCUGCAGCCCCUCAGCAGCACCACCGUGAAGGGAUGAGGGUACAUCUCAUCAGAAUUCUUUGUCAAGCUGUGAGGUACACAAUGAGCACAGAAAUCAUAUGCAACCGACACGUGCCAGUUUCUCACCAGAUGGUUGUCAGGUAAAAAGGGUCUCUCAACUAGUAGUUAUAAGUUUCCAAAAGGAUGAUGGCUCGUGUGGAUGAGUCUCCAUGUAUUUUGUUUGGACUUGGAAAGACAGAUCCUUUCUUUUUUGCUAGCUGUUUGGCAAAGAAACGUGGUGGGUCCUUUUUCCAGCACAACAUGUGUCAUCCUAUGGUUUUGUGGGGUCUUUUUAUGUGGAAAAAACAUUUGCAUGGUUGGUCUUCUUUUAAUGCAUUCUUCCCCCCUUUUUUCUUAUC